AUGGUGCCGGGGCCGGUGCCGGGGCCGCGGGUGGAGGCGGGGGGCGGGGGCGGGGGCUGCCGUGCCCGGUGGUGCCCCCCCGCUGGGCUCUGGGCUCUGCUCUCGGCGGCAUCGGCGACGCUUUGCAUCUGCCUGAGCGUGAGGACCUCCGGGCUGGAGCGCAGGAUCUCCGCCCUGGAGACCGCAGAGGGACCCGCGCUGCCGGUGGGGCGCAUCCCGGCUCCGGCCGCCGAGCAGAUGAGGCGGAUGGUGCGGGAGAGAGUGGAGCAACUUGUGGAGCAGGGAUCCUAUCAAGAUGUCGUGAAACGCAGGUUUGCGAGAGAGACAUCCCCUGAGUGCAACUGCCCUCCAGGCCCUCCAGGAAAACGAGGCAGAAGGGGAAGAAAUGGUGAACCCGGCCCUCCUGGUCCUCCUGGUCCAAAAGGUGACAAGGGUGAUCAAGGAGACCAGGGCCCACGGGGUUUGCCGGGCUCUCCCACAGUGGCGGCUCUGCACAGUAACCAAAUCCUCACUGUCAAGGGUGAUCAAGGUCAAGUUGGGUCCCCUGGACCACCGGGGCCUCCAGGUCCUCCUGGCCCACGUGGACCCCCAGGUGACACAGGAAAGGAUGGUCCCCGCGGAAUGCCAGGAGUAUCUGGAGAAUUGGGUGCAAGAGGUGAAAAAGGCUUGAUGGGACCCAAGGGACCGCCAGGACAAAAGGGCUCUAUAGGAAACACUGGUGUUCCGGGCUUUCAUGGACAAAAGGGUGACCCUGGUGUAUCGGGGGAAGAUGGGGAGCCAGGACAAAAGGGUGACCUUGGAGAACCUGGGCAAAAGGGAGAUAGUGGUCAUCCAGGACUGAAAGGUGAUCAUGGCGAAAAGGGUGAUCCUGGAUCUUCAGCAGCUGGAAUCAAGGGUGAACCUGGACAUCAAGGACAAAAGGGUGAACCAGGUCUUCCUGGGCUUCCUGGACUUCCUGGGAUAAAGGGUGAACCAGGCUUUUGGGGUCCACAGGGAGAACCUGGAUUACCUGGAUUACCUGGCACAAAGGGGGAGAAAGGAGAUGGAGGACCCACUGGAAGAGGUGAAAUUGGUUUACCCGGAUUUUCAGGCCCAAAGGGUGAACCCGGUGAGCCAGGAAUAUCAGGCCGGAGUGGGGUUAAGGGUGAUCAUGGAAUGAAUGGAGAAUCAGGACCCAUGGGGCCCAGAGGUCCACCUGGGCAGAAGGGUGAACAAGGAGUCACUGAGAUCAUAGACUACAAUGGUAAUAUCCAUCAAGCAUUGCAGAGGAUCACCACUCUCACUGUUACGGGUCCACCAGGGCCUCAGGGAUCUCCAGGAAUACAAGGGCCAAAGGGAGACAUGGGCCUAACAGGACCAUCUGGACGUGAUGGAGUGCAGGGUCUUAGAGGGUCGAAAGGUGACAUUGGUGCUCCAGGAGACAAAGGAAGCAUAGGCCUCCCCGGCUUACCUGGUAUUAAUGGAGAAAAGGGAGAGAAAGGGGAGAAAGGAGACCGUGGGUUACCUGGCUUACAAGGCCCUUCAAUUGUAGGACCUCCAGGAGUCCCCGGAAUGCAAGGCCCAUCAGGUCCGAUGGGCCCACAUGGACUUCCAGGACCUAAGGGUGAACCAGGGUUGAAUGGUGUUAAAGGAGGGAAGGGUGAACCAAGUGAGAAAGGUGAAAGAGGACCCCUUGGUCUCCCAGGCGCAUCUGGCUUAGAUGGACAGCCAGGACCGCCGGGUAUGGAUGGUCCAAUGGGUCCCUCAGGUCCAGCAGGUCCGAAGGGGGAUAGAGGUGAAAAGGGAGUAGGUGGUGACCCGGGGCCAAGGGGCCCCACAGGUUUGCCCGGCUUCUCAGGCCAUCAGGGAGAAAAAGGAGAUAGAGGAGAAAGGGGAGAAAAGGGUCUCCGAGGCAAUAAGGGGGAAAAGGGGGAGCCAGGUCAGCCUGGCCUGGAUGGGCUGGAUGCCCCUUGCCAAUUGGGCCCAGAUGGAUUGCCGAUGCCAGGUUGUUGGCAGAAGGGAGGAAACCCCUGGCUCAUUGCUAGAAAGAAAUAAGAGGAAUGCAGAGGAAAAAGGGGGGUUGAAUUUACAAAUACAAGAUAUACUUCAGUCGUUCAGCAUCCUAUUCUGUGGGUCAAGUAACCAUAGCAAAAUUAGUUUUUUUUUUGUUUUGUGUUGACUCCGGUGGAUGAUGAAGUUAUCAAGUUCACGGUUUUCGUGCUCUAAGAGUCUACUCGUUGGCUAAUGCAGUGCUGGAAAGCGUUGGCUGUUUUCGUUGUAUGGCUAAAUGAUGGAGCGUUUCAUUAAGAGGAUUUAGGGACAAAAAGAAUGAUUUUGAAGUUCCCGCAGGGUUUAAGGAACGAUCUACCUGCAAUACAGAGGAGAGUGAAACCCGGAGUGAGAUGGAAGCAUCAGCUUCUGAAUGCAAUUGGUCAAUGGCACUCGAACCUCCUUCAACCUACAUUUGGACUUCUUUAACUGCUCUGAAGGAAGAUAAUUUGGGUUUGAUUCUGAAUGAGAGGAUUUAGUGUCAGAACAAGCAUCCGAUUUCUUGAGGCAACUCGUAGCAGGAAUAUACUGAAGAUUGUGACCCAUGAGGAAGAGGAAAACUCCGGUGUAUAAAAAAAGCUGGGGGCGUUUGGAUUGUAUUGAAAAGCUCUACGAAGCACGUGACAGGGAUGCUAUUUUUAUGCAUACUGCACAAAAACCUUUUGUGCCUCAAAUACUUGCUGCGGAUUCACUACUUUAUACAUUCGUCAUUCAAAAUGUAAAUGCAGAUGCCUAGUGUUAUAUAAAAUGAGUAUACAUGUUACCAUUUGAGGCAUUUUAACAUAGUUUGUUCUUGGCUAAUAAUUAUUGUGUGUGUUCUAUAUUUUACUGUCUUUUAUAGACAAUAUGGAAAGUGAUCUUUUUUCCAGUUGAUUGAAGCCGGAUCUUGAUGCGGUACGCUUUCUUUCACCAGGUCCCUUUUGCACUGACUUUACCACUGCUUAUGCUUUGUUUGGGGUCUGUUCAAACAACCACGCUUCAUAUUAAUCCUCGACUAUCCAUCACUGUUUACAAAACAUCUCCCUCUUUGGUUUAACAUGGGCAACAAUUUAGAACCGUUUUAGACAAAGCCUUUUCUUUUAAAAGUAAUCAUAAAUCUUAGUCAUGCAGUCUGAAUCCAAGUAACUUGGUAUCCAAAUCAUUUUUAUUUUUAGAAGCAAAACAUUCACGCUAGCUUUUUUUACCCAAAGUGCAAGAAGCUCCUUAUAAGUUGAAUCUUGAUAUUAUAUCUUAUAUCACAUUUUAUUAAGCAGUUUGUAAAUGAAGAUGAAAGCAUAUAAGUGAUCAGUGAUGUGCUUUGUUUUUGUACCAUGCCUGUGGAUGGUUGUAGCUGUGGUUUGUGGUUUAUACUGUACAUUGAUGAUGAAAUUGUUGACUUCAGUUGACAACAUUCAACAGCAGAUUAUGACUCAGCCUUAACUAAGCAGGCAUUCAAUUCUUCAUUUUAUUUUUGAGCUUUUGGAAAUACUUUUCCGGAUUGCUUCACAAUACUGUACCUUUCUGGAUAGCAGAUUUGGGUACACAAACCAUGGGAGGGUGUUGUCAAAUGGAGAUGUAGCUCAUGGGCAUCUCCUGAUCCCCUUGAUAUAAAACAUGAACUCUCUUCCUCUCUUCCACACCCUCCACAAUGCGUCACUUUUAAGUCUCUGUUUACUUUGGUAUUUUUUACAGUGUAUAGACAGAACAUGUUUAACA